UCAAUAUCCAGGGUACCAGUCAAGUAAGACUGUUGAGCGAUAAGCUGAUUAAAAAAGUGUCAGUUAGCUAAUCUAUUACGUGAAAUAAGUCCGCACAAUUUAAAGAUGCCAUUUACAAGAAAUUGGGAUGAAUCUUGUCCUCGCGUUUGGGAUAAAUGGGAGGCUAAUGGCCAAGAGUGGGUCGUUCAGGACUUGGACCCGAAAGAUGAUGAAGAAGCACUUGAGAUUUUAGUAGAACAUCUUUGUAAUGAUGAACUUCUUUGCUCUUUAAGUAAGCUUACUGAAGACAAAGAAAGUGUAGAAGGAAUUAGAAAAUUUUGGAUCCCCUGCAUCGCACAGAGGAUGUGUUUAGGUUGUUACACCUGGGUGGAUGGUAAGAAGGUUCUGGUGGCUUUAAACCUGUGUAUCGUUAUGUCUGCUGGAGAUACUUUUCCCAAUAUUGAGAUCAGUGGUGAGAAGUGGAAAAACGUAUACAAGGGGAUAGAGUAUGUUGAAACAAAACGAGAUCCACACGAGUACUUGGAAUUGGAUACUCUUUUACAUGCGUUUGGGCUUGUUGUGAAGAGGGAGUACAGAGGUUGUAAACUUGGUGCCAAACUGUUGACUGCUAGGGAGCCACUGUGUAAGUUUCUUGGAGUAAAAGGUACUACUACGGUAUUUUCGGGCCCAGCAUCACCAAUCUUGGCCGCUAGAUGUGGAUUCGUCAGCAUUUGCGAAGCGUCCUUGAAAGAACUAGCUGAGUCGGGACUGGAUUAUCCUCCUGAACCCAAUACGUAUAUAAAACUCAUGGUUAAGCGAUAUGAUUAAGCAUAUUUUCGGUACACGAUGAGCAGUGUUGAACUAUUAGCUUCUGCAUGAGACUCUCGGCUGGCACAAAUGGACUUUCUGCCUAUGUGAACAAUAAACACUCGCUGGUACAAUGUUGGAAUACAUUAUGGGGAAAACGAUUUUAAUUAAAUUAAAAAAAACAAUGAUCACGAAAUAGAUAAAUUUUAAAUUUGAGGUCCAAAUCAAAAGGUUUGUAAUUUGGUACACAAUCAAAGAUUUGAAAAGUUAUAUAUAAGUACUAGCAGACUCGGCCAAGCGUUGCUGUGGCUAAGGUUUUUGUUAUAUUACAUAGUAGUAAAUUAAUAGAGGGAAACCGUAGGA